AUGGUAGAAGAGAAGCGUCACGGUGCUCACAAUGGGGCAGAGACGAGCACGAUUGGGAGCAAAGAUGGAGCGCAAACUCCUCAUAGAGCCCCACCUGCGCCCAAAUCUCGAGGUGGAAGUCGGACGCCGGGAAAUAGCCGACCUGGAUCUUCCUCCAGCAGGCCUAGCUCGUCGAGCGGAAGGAGCAGACAACCGGUAAGGAUUGGCCAGUACACUGUCUCGCAGACGCUGGGCACUGGUAGCUUUGGAAAAGUCAAAUGUGAGUGCGCCAAAAUUGAGACACGCAUCCAAGCGACCCAUAUUCCUCUUCGUCUGGCCACUGAACUGAUGUGCUGGUAUACCCGCUAUACGACGCUGCCAGUGGCUACGCAUGCCCUCACAGGUCAUCGCGUAGCGAUGAAAAUCAUCAAUAGAAGAAAAAUUUCCGCCAUGGACAUGGGAGGCAGGGUGAAGCGUGAGAUUCAAUAUCUCAAGCUAUUGCGACAUCCUCACAUCAUCAAACUGUACGAGGUCAUCACUACCCCGAACGAUAUCAUCAUGGUUAUCGAAGUGAGUUCAUGUUAUCUAUACCAAAGGUCCAGUCUCUCCUCUCUUGCUCACCUUGAUGCUGCUCUUUCGGCUGGCAGUAUGCGGGCGGAGAGCUCUUCCAGUACAUUGUCGAUCGAGGCAGGAUGUCGGAGGACGAAGCACGGCGAUUCUUUCAGCAAAUCAUAUGCGCCAUAGAGUACACGCACAGGCACAAGAUCGUCCACCGCGAUCUCAAGCCAGAAAAGUGAGCGCUGCUUUCGGCGACGCUCGUUGUGGGUUGCCAAGCUGACGUAGACUCCGAGUGCCACCCUGCGCGCUCAUCAGCUUGCUACUGGACGAGUAUCUCAACGUCAAAAUCGGCGACUUUGGCCUCUCGAACAUCAUGACAGAUGGAGACUUUCUCAAAACGAGUUGCGGCAGUCCCAACUAUGCGGCGCCAGAAGUGAUUUCGGGCAAGUGAGUGCGAUGAUCGCUGCCGGGAUGUCAGAUUGUCAGGGUGUGCUCAUUCUCUUCCCUGCUCGCCCUCACAUCAGACUGUACGCGGGUCCGGAGAUCGACAUUUGGAGCUGCGGGGUCAUCCUGUACGUCAUGUUGUGCGGUAGACUACCUUUCGACGAUGAAUAUAUCCCAACGCUGUUCAAAAAGAUCAACGGUGAGUGCCAGGAAAUAAUGAUUGAGGUUGGAGAAAUUUCGCCUGACACUUGACCCUCGCCAUUAUGCUUCAGGCGGAAUCUACUCUCUGCCGUCGUACCUCUCAUCGGAGGCCAAGCAUCUGCUUUCAAGCAUGCUCGUGGUUGACCCGGUGAAACGCAUCACGAUCAACGAGAUCAGACAGCUGCCUUGGUUUCAAAAGGAUCUUCCUUCGUACUUGAGGCCCCUGCCUCCCACCCCCGCUGCCGAAGCUUCUGGAUUCGACUUCAGGAUGACGCCUGGUACCGGGAACGGUUCUAGCAGCGGAUCUGGGUCUGGAGAGAGCACGCCUGCGGGCAGCGCGCGAGAGACAGCUUCAGAUGUUGGCCACAUCGAGGAAGAAAUUGUGGACGAGUUGGUGGACAAGAUGGUUGGCUUUACGCGGGAAGAAGUGUUGCAGCAGCUCAUGGAGCCCGAAGAGAAUCAGGUCAAAGUGGCCUACCAGCUCGUGCGCGACCACAAGCGUCUUUUGCAGACCUCGCAUCUGGAGGAAAAGGAUGGGCUGCAAGGGUUCUUGUCCAAGAGCCCGCCCCCUUGGAACGCUGGACUUGGCGAAACCGUCGGACGUUCCACCAGCAUUCGCAAGCGCGAGCCUCGAGCCCGAGACGUCAGCACUGGCGUCAAUACUCCAGGGAUUCCUCCCUAUGCGCAAGACGGCACCACGACGGAUGAUCAAGAACACAGCUUUGCCUUGGAUGACGCUACCGAUGAUCCCAAUGAUGAUUCAGAUGAUGCCGCAACCCUGACCGACGACGAGACGAUCUUGACUGAAGAGGACUACCUCGAGGAUCCUGGCAUUCCGUCUCAAUCCGGCAUUGGGAUCCUGGAGACCAGUCUGCGCAAAGGUCGCGCCGACGGAGAAGAUGCAGGAGUGCCCCCUGCAUCUACACCAACGCGAAAAGCGCGCUCCAGAUGGCACUUUGGUAUUCGAAGCAAGAGCCCCCCGAUGGAGAUCAUGUUGGAGCUGUAUCGCACUCUUCAGGUGUUGGGCAUGGAGUGGAGAGCGCAGACACCGACAAAACCAAAAGGUCAGCCUGACGCAGGAGGUCAAGACAACGGUGAAGUUGACCACGAUGAAGACUUUCGCGACAACGAGGAGCUGUUCUUCAUCGAGACUCGCUGGCGCGCGCGCAAUGUCGUGGUGAGUAGCCAAGUCGCCCCCCGCCGCGGGCGACCGUCGGACAAUGGCUGACAGUGCUGGCCCUGCUAACGUCCAAUGGCAACAGGUGCGCAUGAACCUGCAAUUGUACCGCGUGGACGAUGCCAACUACUUGGUUGAUUUCAGAAAUGUGGGGCACGUGAGACUGGACGGGAUGCGAGAGCGCAGAGGCUCCGCUGCUGCGGAAAGCGGUCCGACCAUAGACUCGGAGUCUGUCAAUGAGAAGCUCGAGGAAGCGUACCAGCUGAGCGCCUCUCAGGAUCCGUCUGAGAGCGGCGGGACCACAGACUUGACAGCCACUUCUGGAGUGCCCAAAGGCGUGCCUGCACCGUACCCCGAAGGCAGAAAGGAUGUUUCCAGCCCUUUUCUGUUCUUGGAAUGCGCGACGAGAUUGAUGUGAGUGGAAGUAUAUGCAUGCUGAGCUUAUCCUCAUCCAUGCGUCGCUCAUCGACCAUUGUUCCCUCGCCGUGUCGCAUGUUGCAGCGUCGAGUUGGCCGGGGGUGGCAGCUGA